AUGGCAGCGCCUUCGACUUCGUCUUCGAGCGAGACUUGCAAGUAAGUCACGAGCUAAAACUGGAAAUAGUGAAUGCUGGAGUCUUCUGCAUACUCUUCUCGUCUCUUGUACCGUUGCAAUUCUCGAUUUAUUGCGUUCAUCUGCGGCUAAAAGCCAAUUUUAAGCCUGUAUUAUUUAAUUUAAUUUUAUUAAACCACAGGCGGCCCAGACGUAGUAUGUGUCACUGAAUGAAUAUAUUAAUAUCCACAUGGACAAAUUAAUGCGACGAGUCGUCGAAACUCCUAUGAACUAAAAUAGUCCAAAAGUCAAAAUAUAACAAAACAAAGUUAAGAUACCUUUAACUGAACGUAUCCUUGUCUUUCCUGGCCGGUUAAAGUGGCAUUUUGUUGAGUUUUGAAAUUGUAGGUACUAUCCACUAAAGAAGAAUUAAAGGCUGGCUACAAAACAAACAGACCAUCUCCACGCGCCUUCACACGAAGCGCUAUAAAUUCGAGAAUAAUCGACGAACCCGCUCCAAAUAACCAUCGGCUAAUCUGCAGGUAACGUGUGCUCCGGUUCCUUGCUCGCUUGCUCCACAAAACCCAUCGCAACUGCACAAUAAUCGCUCGCUCAUCAACAAACACUGUUGGCCUUUACGCUUCGAUAUGACCGCGAACGACCAGGUUUAAUACGCGACGUGAAUAGUCAAGCUUAGCGACCGCGUCCGCGCGACAAUGCAACACUUGCAAUGGGAGGGAUAGUACUAUUGCUUCUAGGUCAAUCAACACUGAGCGAGGGUCCGCUGCGUUAGUUUUGACCAGAAAACAAAAGGUGAUCGCGCGAACGUCCGUAAUGAAAUAAACAGUUAUUUCCAGAACACCGUCAAUAUGUUGUCCCAAGUGACGAGGGGGGACGACAAUUUGCCGCCUAGGAAAAAGGCAAAAUAUAACCUCGGCUAUGCAGCUGGUAAGGAAAAAAAGUUAUGUGCGCGAUAUUUUUUUUUGGUUAUGUUUAUUAUUAUUUUGAAAACUCAGGGGCCCCAACGACGAUUUCUUCCUAAAUGCAUUUAAAACACUUUUAACGCUGUCCAGGGUAAUUAAGAUCUCUAAAAAUGCAUUCUAAGUGGCGCUAAUACAUAGAUCACAUUUAUAGUUUGUUCAUACUAAAUAUAAAAUCGUGUAAUGUUAAGCGGCGAAGGCAACCAGAACUGUAAAAUACAACAAUAGGUCUAAUUGCAGCACGCUUUCGUACAUUUCCUGGCCGUUGUUUUGCACGACUACGUGAAACGUCCAGAAACUUCGUGGUUUUCACGUUGUUAACGAAAUGAGCGAAAAUCUUACUCUUGAGCAAACUGAAGUUUUCAGUUUGCCAAGAGGGGCACAACCUCCUCGUCACCGGUCAAGCUGGAACAGGAAAGUCAAGAGUGGUUGCCGCAAUUCGCGAUGAUUGUCAAAAAAGCGUGGUCUACGAGUAUCCGUGAUUUGUUCCAGUGGAAUUGCUUGUCAGGUGUAUGAUGCAGGCGUCGCUUCGACAGUCCAUUCUUUUUACGGUCUUGGUGCUGCAGAUCUGCCGGCCGAGCUACUGAUUACUCGCGCAUCAAGUGAUGGCAGGAUGUGCGAGAGAGUACAUGAUGUGGACGUUAUAAUUUGGGACGAGGCGAGCAUGUCUAGUUCAAGGAUGCUUGAACUUGUUAACGCUUUGCAUCACAAUUUAGCCGACCAAGAAAAUUAUGAGUUACCCUUUGGAGGGAAACAACUCAUAAUCGUAGGAGAAUUCCUACAGCUGCGGCCAGUGCCGAGUACCUUCGAUUCCGGGGAUUUUAUGUUUAAAUCUGCAGUAUUUCAAUUCGCCGUCCCACAUCGUUUUCAGCUGACAAAAGUAAUGCGCCAAUCUGAGAGCAACAAGUUGUUCUUGGACGCUUUAUCUGACGUCAGACUCGGCGUAUGCUCGAACGAAACGGCUGUGUUUAUUGAAAAGUUAUCGAGGGAAUUGAGUCCACAACUGAAAAUCGCCGCCACGCAUAUCUUUUUUAAAAAGAAUGCGGUAAUGUUGUUCAAUCGGAUGAAAAUGGACGAACUUGAGGGAGAUUUAAUGCGUUUCGACGCAACAUACGAAGGGGACGGUGAGAAGGUGAACUGGCCAGGCGAGAGAUCACUUUUUUUGAAAAAAGAAUGUAAAGUGAUGCUACUUUGGAACAAGUCAGAAGACCUCAAAAAUGGGAGUAUGGGAACUUUCAAGAAAAUGGCAGAGGGCAACAAGUUGCUGGUUUAUUUCGAGAAAGUUGGCAUUGUUGCUAUUGAACGUGUAACGUGGUUUCAAAGGAACCAUCAGGGAGAAACCAUUGGCGCUGUUCAUCAGUUUCCACUCACACCAGGAUACGCGGUUACAUGCCACAAAUCGCAAGGGCUAGAACUCCCCGCCGUAGUAGUGCAUUGCUCGAAAGAAUUUGUCCCUGGUCUAGUUUACGUUUCCAUGUCUCGUGUGAGAUCAGCUACCACGCUGCAAGUCAUAGGGUUCAAUAGGACUCAAGUAAUACCAGCAGACCACGAAGUUAUAAUGCAGUGUUCUCGAGUUACCGGUGAACACAGCGUCGAUUUGAGGUGUUGCCGACGAAAGGUCACCAGGGACGAAAGCUUUUUUGAUGUCCAAGAUCGCUAUAGAUUUGCGGUUGGGGAUUUAGCGGAUGCUGAAGAUUGUUACGAGUUUCCCAUAGAGGUAUCAGAUGGAAAGGUGCAAUCUUAUUUCGAGCGUGAGGACACUGAUCUCGAGGUAAGUGUCGCUCAGCUAUUUGAACAGAUGGAAAAACACGAGUCAGAACUAUCACACCCGCCUUCGGAAGGUUUGGACGCAACACCCCUGUUGAUAAAAUUGAAAGUGAACACGCCCUUUUCCGAAUUCAGCCGAGCCAUCAACGAGAACGUGGACUUGUUGUUGGAAGAACGCUUCACCGAAAGUGUGAAGACGUUUAUAGACAUUAUGUGGUUCCAUUCAUUCGUAGCCAUAGAGAACCACAUAAUCGAAAAUCCCGACGAUCUAUACAUCAAAGUGACAAGGAGUGAUUUCACAACUGCUACAGGCAAGUUGCAUCAAGUAUUUAACUCGGAAGAAUUUUCUCGACAUGUAUCGAGUUUAUUUAACGUUUCCCCUUGUAUAACAGCCCAGCGGUCUAUCGGUGUCGAUCUAGGGAUGGCAAUGUACUUCAAAUUCCUAGAGCACCUUGUACAACUUUCAAGAAAGGAAUACCAACAAGAAGUGGUUGCGUUUAACGUAGACGACAUGUCAGCAGCUGGUAGGGCAAAAGUUCGUCAUGUUGGUGGCUGGGCCGUUCGAAAAGUUCUUGAAAAAUCAAGAAGGUACGUACGGGUCAAUAUCUCUUCUGAAAAUUCCGAAACAAUGGCAUCGGUGCGGCGACACCACAGUAUCUGCGAACUUAUUGAAGAAUCCCUUGUUGGAUCUGUGGCAGUGUUGGAGGAGGAGAGCCAGUACAAAGACACCCUGCAGGUGACAGAGGCACGGCAAUAUAGAGAAAGAGGACUGAUACAUAUAGAGGAUGCUGUGUACAAAUUCUUCAUGUACCUAGAGAAACAACGAGUUCAUUUGUUAAACGAUCAUAUGUUGCGCAGAGAGGGAGCAAAUAUGGUCGAAGAGGCCCACCGAAAGCUGAUCCAAGACGACGAAAUAAGUUUGAAAUGGCAACAGUGUUUCAAGAGCGAGGAUGUAAAGGAAAAGAAGGUGCAGAUAAUCGUAAAACAAUCAAUCCACUUGGAAUUUUGCAGUCUUUAAUUUUCUUUCACUUAUUGUAACUCAUUCAUGUUCCUUUUUUAGGAUUUAAUACGGAAUAUUUUAGGAUCUGUCAUUGAACGCUAUUUGCACAUGGGAACAGCGCAGUACUUGCGCGACUAUCGAAGAAGCUUCCAACUUAAAAAGAGCUCAGAAUUGAGAAAGCGAGUCCUUCAGCGACAGAAAAAGAAUCAAGAGAAGUCAGACAGCGUAUCAUUCGAGGUGAAAUAAGUGUACUGUAAUUUUAGAGCACCCACCUUGUCUCGCAAGUGAAAGUGGGAUUCCGUUUAGUGUACCUUUACAUGAAGGGGUUCUCACUGAGAGUAUUGGGUAAUUGGGCAUUGAGAAUUAACUCGCGUCUUGGAUAUGACUUCGACUUUAAAAGCUAUUUUUUUGAAGUGUAUUAGUGACUCCGGUGACAAUAAACACGUUAUUGCUCCCGCAGGGAUUUCGCUCAGAAGGCGAACUCCCGAGGAAGCACUCUAGUAGCUUGCGCGCAAAUUAAGGAAAGCACUUACAGUACUUUCAGAGGGGCCGCGAGGAAUCGCUAUAGUAGGUUAAUGAUGACGUUUUCUAUUGUUGGCGCCCGCAAGUAAGAGAUGGUUUAAGGAUGACGUAAAACAUACGGUAGUAUCACAGUGGUUAUCAGUGACAUUCUGUGGACAGCCGUUUUGAAAGUGAUGGACCAAAAUUAAAGACACUCAUUAAACGCAGAGGAAGUUAUAAGGUGUGUAUAAACACUUGGAGAGACACGAGUCACAAAUCUUUGAUUGGAAACAAUUUGCCAGGCACUCUUCGUCGAUCUCUUUGCGGAAAUAAGACUCAGUCCCAAACAACUGAAACAAGCAAGACUAGUGCAUCAACGGCUAGAUUAUCACUAGCAGAACGAAGGUCCGCGAUUACAGAAAUUCGAGGACAAUCAAAUGAACCGUUUGUACAAUGAGAAAGAGAAAUACUAGGCAAAAAUUCCAACUUCUAAUUAAAUCUUUUCUUAUGCUUUAGAAUAAAUUUAAUAAUUCUCCACACUGAGAAUGUUUUCAGAUCAAACCUGUGUAAAUUGAACUGAAACUGUGCAUGGAACCUUUCGUUUCCGGUUUUGACUUUCACCUAUUGUAUAGAGAAUGUGUGAAAAUCUUCAUUAUGAAUCGGCCAUGUAAUAUCUGCUAUUUAUUAUGUAUUUUUAUUCCUAAACACAAAGGGAAAUAAAAGGUUAGAUGUCCGCACAGCCCCAUACACUUAUUAUGGAUACAUUUUAUGCCUCCAUUCAUAACAACUAUUUGUGUGAAAUGCAAUGUUUAAUGAUGAAAUUGCUGCUUGCAAGGUAAAUGUAUGUGGUUGUACAGUAAGUAUAAAGUAUGGAAAAAGUAGCAAAUUGAACCACAACAUUUACCGAAUGCACAUGUAUAUUUUAUUGACAGGAUAUUCUCAAGGACCGGUCAGAACAGAAGGUUUCUUCGCAUGGGCGGCUGAUACAUUUUAUUGGCAAGUACAAUGAUGACCCAAGUGUCUUUGCCCGUGUUUAUACAAGAGCCCAAUUACUGUUGCUUUGUGAGGCCUAUGAGGUCCCUAUCAGACGGCGUCAUACCAAGAUAGAAUUGGCUAAAACUCUCAUUGAAGCCUUAAAGGGGACAAGAUCAAUACCGUUUACUGCUCCAGUGGAUGACAGGGAGUUCCAGGUCGUACAGACAGUGCAUGAUGAAGAACAUGGUGGACUGCGUAUUCGGUUCAGGAUAGCAGGUAGCUCCACUGGAACAUUCAAUCAAGGCCAAUAAAUUACACUCUACUCAGUUUUAGCGGUUUUGCGCCUUUUUCCGGUUGGCAUUGAACAAGCUGAAGAAGAAUGUUCAUUAGCUGCUCCAACAUUGCUUUUGGGGCUGAUGGUCGUUUGACCAAAACGAAUGGAGUUCUGUGUUGAUUCCUGUUGUAGAUAGGUUGGAUUGUUAUUUUGACCAUUACAUGAUCUUACUUGACAAAAGUGAUUUUCUACACCAUCCUGGUUGAUUAUUGCAGGUUUAAUUAUGGAUUGUGGAAAUUGUGCUUGUUUCACUGCAACCAUGGAACCAAAACCCAGGCACAUAGAUUGCAAGUCAAACCAUAGUUUAGAAGAAACAAAUUGGUUGUUGUUUUCUGAGCUUUCACUUCUCCAAUCAUUCAUAUAUUUGUGAAACUGAUUAAGUUGUCCAAGGCGAGGAUCUGAAUUUGAUCUGAUCACUAGUUUGUCAUUAAAAAGAUUAACCAGUCUGGAUGUAUGAACCAACAACGAUAUUGUGCUGUCGAGGUGAGAGCUGUCUUUUCCUUGUCCCAUCAUGUUCUCUUGGUAUUUCUGUUGAAAUAAUCAUCAUAGAAAAAAAAACCUUCAAAUUUUUAUUAAUUCAAAACAUUGAUACAACAAUAUUUUAACUUCGUAAGAAAUUUCAUCCUGAUUUUGUUGAUUAUAGUUUUUUAAUUGAUAUAGGUUUUUCAUUUAUUGUGGGUUAUUUCUUCCGAGAGGGUUCAUUUCAAUGUCAUGUCUUGACAAACUACGCACCUUCAGUCACUUCAACAGCUUGUAGCAAUUUCAGUAUUUCCAAUAGGAAACUGCUCUGCAAAUCUCACCUAAUAAUGGCACUUAAAUCAAAGUUAAGGUUUGAACUGUCUUUCACCUGCAUUAAAAAUAGCAUCUUAUCGGCAAGUACAUCUUCGGCUAAAUGAUUUCUCAUUUUUGAGGCUGGGUCAAGAUUGAAAUGUUGGUCAGUUAACUUUUCAUGCAGAGGAAGACUGAAGGACUUCUGAUCCCAGUUGAAGGCAUCUUUGAAAUACUGCCAGGUCACAUUCUUGCCCUUUAUCAUUAGACAUCGGGGUUUACCACUUGCAUUGCUCUUUUCUAUAUUGUUCUUGAUCUUCUUUAUGUUGUGCUGAGAGAAAACUUAAAUUAAUAUGGAUAAGGACCACAGUACAUGUCAAUGUAAUUUUAAAAGUUCAACCUCAUUGUAACAAACCUCUUUAUAAAUAAGCCCUUCAAACGACAUACUUUUCCCAAGUGAGGGAAAAUGUAACACAUUAAGGACCUAGUUUCAAAAUGUUAUUCACUUUGUAGCCAUUUAGUUUUACUAUACACAUAGCCUAGGUUGAUUCUUUCCGGUUGAAAUUGACUUUGAAAAAUAGUAAAGUAUAGAUUGUUGCUAUAUCUUUGGAGAGGAAUAAAUUUUGUGCCUAAAUCUACCUUUGGAUCCAUGACAAAAACCAUUGGUGUUCCAGUGUGGAUGUUUGAAGUUAUAAACUUAUCCUUCACAGGAUCCCUUCCUCUAAAGUGCAUUCUGAUAAACUGUCUGUUACAGUCUGCUCCAUCCAUAAUACUCCAAUAUAUCCUGAAGUGGACAGAAAGAAUUAGAAAGACAAUUUUUUAGAUUGGAGUUGAAAUCUAAUUUGUUAUCAUAGCUGUGUUUUAUAGUUAGUGAAUGUUUUGGUUGUGGGUAAUUUGCCCAAAUUCAAUGAAAAAUAAUUUAUUUUCAAGAUGUAAUUCCAAGAAGAGUGCCCUGCUUUGAUUCAUAAAAAAUGUAGAGCAUGUUGAUUCAGAUGGUGCUAAUGUAAUCCAAAAAAACAAAAAAUCAUAAGUUGAGCAUCCUGGAAUUACUUACAUGCCUUCACUUGACUUUUUUUUCUGAAUGCCUGUUACUAUUAUAAUUAUUUUCAUAUAUUGGUUCCAUCGAUUCCGGAAUCUCCAGAUAAGGACAUUAAACUCAGGGAAAGAAAGUGGUAAGUUCAGUUUUGAUUCUGAUAUGAUGUGGCUAGGAUCUUUUCUUAUAAGUGGGUAAAGAUUUUAGAGUGCUCCAAAGCAAUUCAAAUUGGCCGUCAUCAAUUACAUGAAUUGGUUGGAUUACUCAACCCCAUUUGUUGUUUUAAAAUUGACAUCAAUCUUUCACUAUCUUAUUAAUGCACGUCGUUGUUAAAAAUGAUAAUUUAAUGUACUGUUAUGUUGCUCUAGGAUGCUAAAGUACAGGCAUGCAUAUAUGUCAAGAAACAUCACAAGUCCACAGCUUACACGAAACCAAACUCCAGCAUUUUCCUGACGCCUUUCCAGAAGUUAAAAUAAAGAUCGCUCGGGGAGCAUUCACGAGAUGGGAACUGUGCAACAGGAAAGCGAAAUCCACUGUCACUUAUGAAAAUGAAUUGCAAGACAUGAGUGGCCAACUGUGGUUCAGUUUUACCUGUAAAAACACAUAGCCAAAGUCAUAAUGAAAUUAGGUUUUGAUACCAGGUAAAGUUUUAAUCAGCAAAAAUAGUUUAAAAAUACAACAUACCAGACAGGCUUGUCAUUAGAUCGUGGCCCUCUCCAAGGUCAACAAAUCCAACUAGCCUGUGCUUUCCAUGCUUUACUACCAUUUCUAGGCUCUCCUAAUUGUAAUAUCAAAGCAAAAAAUUGUUUAAUAUUACUUACUAAUACGCAAAAGUUCGUGUUGGAAUUCCUGUGUUUGUUUUUUUCUCAAAUGUUGGUUUUAGCAAGCAAUGGCCCUUUGUUCUAAAAUUAAGAUUGUGUUGCUUACAGACGGAAAUAACAAGCUGAAAGUGAAUGACUCACUGUGAAUAAUGCCUUUGAAAGAAGUAUUUCAUAUAUACAGGCUAGCCCAUGCCAUGUAACCUGUAGGUCAAAAUCCUUAUAGUUGUGUGAGCGAUCCAAAAUACCGAUUUAGUAUUAUAGCAGAUAAGUUUUUUUUCCGAUACAAACCUGAAUUUUCAUUUCGUCUAUCACAAAGCCUCCCCAGUAAUCCUCCUCCCUGAGAUUUUUCUGUUGUGCAGUCUCCAGGCACCAUUUUAGCACUUGAUCGUUCCAGCCAGGUUUUUCUUCCACUUUGUUCUUAUACAGUCUGUGAAAUUAAUGAACAUGGCUUUUCAUUUAAUUUGAUUUUUCUAAAUUAAAAGGUAAACAUGUUCAACGUUUUCAUUAUGAGAUCAUCUUUAAAUGUAAAAGGUCAAGUGUGGUCGUGUCAAAUGAUAUGCCACAAACAAGGUUACCUGAUAGUGCGGUUGCUUGGAAGAAUGAUAAAUUUCCUAAGGGGGUCAAGGACGUGGGGGUUCUUACAAUACAGGUCAAUGCACAAUCUGAUGAUCCUGUAAAAUAAUAAUAGAAUGAAAUUACGUAGGCACAAGCUAACACUGACUGCUAUGCACUGGUCAGCAUAGCUGAGGGGAACUCGUGGGGGAGCAUAUUAAAACAUUCAAACUUUUAACAUACUAGGUGCACAAACGACGGCUUCGCCCGCGGCCUGAUGGUUAGGGUAACCUAAUAAGCGUAUUUUUUCCUGCCAUUUACUGUAGUUUUCCUUGUCGUUAAAGUACUUAUGUAACACCUAUUAUACAGAUACACCUGCGGAAAACAACUUACUUUGGGUGCCAUCUGUAACCCCGCUUACUGUUGGUGGCCAUGAUUCUUUUCUGUUGGGUCCAGAGGCAUUCCAUUUCAUGUGGAACUUUAGACUUGUCUAUGUUGUGUAAGAUUGUGGACAGAUCCCUGUGAUCCUCUUCCUCUAACUGCAGGGAUUCAGUUUCAAAUUUUUCCCUCCAGUAUGUUUCCCUUCUUUCUGCAUUGAAUCGUUGCUUCUUUUGCUGGUUUAGUUGCAACACGACGUCUUCUUUUCUCAUGUAUCUUUUGUUGCAAUUGCGAUGUAACCCGCUACGUUUUUCCCGUCGCAUCUUUUUGACAUUGUGUAAUUUCAACAAAUGGUUACACUCUGAACAGGGCAGUCCUUGUACAGAGAAUAUUUUACACUUUGAGGAGAAAGCGACUGUUGAUCUUUCCUGCUUUUCUUUCGACAGGUCUUUAAAAGACCCUGUAACAUAAGGAACCAAAGAAUCUUGUAUAGAAUCUCCAUCUGAGAGGGAUAUUCCCUUGCAAAACGAGGAUUUCUGAACAUAGUCCAGUGCCAAAUUAACUCUGCCUAGUAACGACAUUGCGGCAAAUCCCGGGAUGUUGCUCAGAUCACUCUGACAUCCGUGUGCCUUUACGCUCACGAAUGAGAGUCCUGUCUUCCCGUCCUGUUCAAUCACAAUUUCGGUGGAUACUCUUGCGUUAUUGACCUCCCAUGCCUCUACACGAACUAAACACCAAUAGUGUGGCUUGUCUCGUACAACUUUCCAAUCGUCAGGAACCGUAAGAUCAGCAAGUGCCUGAGAAAGAGGAAUGAGGCCAUCCACAUCGCCACUAUGGUGGGUUGGAUCUUUUUUCUUCACAUUCAAGUAAACGCUCUGCUGUUGCUUCCUAGGACCUCUCCGAGCUCGGAUAACGGCAUCUCCCCACGAAUCCUUCACAAUAAAACCUAAAGAGGUUGAACUUAGAGCACAUCCAGCGGUGUUUUCAUUGGCGGCUUGCGCUGCAUGCUCUAUAAUAUCUCCGACUGGUGUUACAGCACCGAGUUCAUAAGUAUAAUUGGCCAGCACCCUAAAAUAAAUAUUGAAACGCCGGGUGUUUAAAAAAUCUCUGACGCGCCAGAAAGAUCACUCAUUGAGGGGCCCAAGGAUUUGGGACGUUAAUAUGACAUAAACCGCCCGAGCCAGAUUUCAGUGGCACCAAAGGACUGUUUUUGGUAGCUUUCAUUCAUGUACAAUUUUAGAAGCUUAUCUUAUAAAUUCCUUCUGAUUUUAUUAAGUUUCAGUUUUUCGCAGCCCAGGUUAAGCUAUUUUUCGUAGAAAAAGAAAACCUUAAUUUUUCGGAAUCAAAAAAGUGAUGGAGAGAGGAAUCAGAAAUAUUCUUACUUUCCUAAAGCUUUAAAUUGCAUCUAAAAUUUUCGGCAAAAUGUAAAUAUUGAAGCCCUUGUAGUUUUCCAAAAGACUCAGUUUGCCCUAGGAUGACCGAACAGGUACGAAUUUUAUAGCGGAGCUAAAAAGAAUGUGCGGCAGUGGAAAAAGUGAACAAGAACAUGUACGACAUUCCCCCCCUAAAACGUGAAAACCAAGAAGUUUCUGGACGUUUCACGAAGUAGCCAUGCAAAGCAACGUCAAGGAAAUGUACAAAAAAGCGUGCUGCAUGCAAUUAGACCCAUUGUUGUAUUUCACAGUUCUGGUUGCCUUCGCCGCUUAACAUUACACGAUUUUAUAUUUAGUAUGAACAAACCAUAGAUAUUAUCUACGCAUUAGCGCCACAUAGAAUGCAUUUUUACAGAUCUUAAUUACUCUGGACUGCCUUAAAAGUGUUUUUAAUGCAUUUAGGAAGAAAUCGUCCUUGGAGGCCCUGGGUUUUGAAACGAAUAAUAAUCAUAACCCCAAAAAAUAUCGCGCACUUAACUUUAUUCCUUACCAUAGUUUCCAUUCAGCUGCAUAGCCUAGGCUGGAUUUUGGCUUUUUCCGAGGCGGCAAAUUGUUGUCCUCCCUCGCCACUUUGGACAACAUAUUGUCGGACGUUCGCGCGAUCGCCUUUUGUUUUCUGGUCAAAACUAACGCAGCGGACCCUCGCUCAGUGUUGAUUGACCUAGAAGCAAUAGUACUAUCCCUCCCAUUGCAAGUGUUGCAUUGUCGCGCGGACGCGGUCGCUAAGCUUGACUAUUCACGUCGCGUAUUAAACCUGGUCGUUCGCGGUCAUAUCGAAGCGUAAAGGCCAACAGUGUUUGUUGAUGAGCGAGCGAUUAUUGUGCAGUUGCGAUGGGUUUUGUGGAGCAAGCGAGCAAGGAACCGGAGCACACGUUACCUGCAGAUUAGCCGAUGGUUAUUUGGAGCGGAUUCGUCGAUUAUUCUCGAAUUUAUAGCGCUUCGUGUGAAGGCGCGUGGAGAUGGUCUGUUUGUUUUGUAGCCAGCCUUUAAUUCUUCUUUAGUGGAUAGUACCUACAAUUUCAAAACUCAACAAAAUGCCACUUUAACCGGCCAGGAAAGACAAGGAUACGUUCAGUUAAAGGUAUCUUAACUUUGUUUUGUUAUAUUUUGACUUUUGGACUAUUUUAGUUCAUAGGAGUUUCGACGACUCGUCGCAUUAAUUUGUCCAUGUGGAUAUUAAUAUAUUCAUUCAGUGACACAUACUACGUCUGGGCCGCCUGUGAUUAAACUGCGUGUGUUUUUAUGCUUCUCUUUAGUUCAGUAAUGUUUUGGACUCAUGAUCAUGAAGCCAUUCUAUGCAGAGAAGUCGUCAAUGUAAAUCCCUACACAACUAAGAAAGGGUCAACACAAAGAAGUAGAAUGUGGGAAAAAAUAGCAGACAACUUGAACAAAUUCACUGUGCCGAAAUUCAGGGUUCAUAAGCGAUCAGUCCGAGACCACGUGGGAAUCCUUGUUUACAAGCAUAAGAAGAAACUUCUAGCGGAGGAAAAAGCAACUGGGAUAACUCCCGAUGAGCCAACGGAACUAGAAAACCUCUUGGAUAUGAUCAUCGCGUUGGAGGAAAGUGGCGAAGCGGAAUUACAGGAAACACAGGGAACAGCUAGCAAAAAACGUCAAUACGAUCGGGCUAAAGUGAAAGAUGUUAGACUAAAAGCGAUGGAGAAGCUGUCAGAGACGAAGAAAAGAGGUUCAUCAGAGGAUGAAAGCGAUGACAAACCGAAGCGUCAACCAAGAAGUGGAGGUGAUGCUAUCGAACAAAGCACAAACAAAGCAUUUCUUGGACUUUCUUAA